AUUUGGCAUCUUAGUUACGAAAAGGCCUCUGAUUUCCACUCCAUUUUUUUGUUAAGAAAACAAAAAACCGGUUGUUGAAGUAAAUAUCUGUUCAUCCGUUGAAGAGUGGAGAAGCAAUAUGUGUCUACCUGGUGUGCGUCACGCUCACAUGCUACUAUAACUAAGCGGUGGAUUUAGGAGUUAGGGUUCUUGAAAUUUCUGCAUUUAAUACUCGCAUAAUCCUGAAUUCACUUGGGCUCCUUCUGGCAAAGAUUCACUUUUUUGAAUCACAUGGAAGCUUACAAGAGAUGGGUUCGGAGGAACAAAGACUACGUGCAUUCUCUGGAGUCUUUAAGUAAUGGUUUAACAUGGCUUCUACCGGAGCGGUUCUCCGAUUCAGAAAUUGGACCAGAAGCAGUUACAUCAAUAUUGGGCAUUAUAACCACCAUCAACGACCAUAUAGUCGAGACAGCUCCGAGCCAUACACAAUCAAGGCAUGUAGAAGAGCCUUCUUCUUUCCCAUUCGCAUUGUGCAUAACUUUACUUAAGGACUUGGAAACUCUAGUUGAAGUUGCAGCACAACAAUAUUAUGGUGAAGAACACAAAUGGAGCUUCAUGGCCAUUACAGAAGCAAUCAAGGUAUUGCUUAGGCUGGCAAUUCUGCAAAAGAGCGGGUAUAAAAUGCUUUUGCAUGGCGGGGAGACUAUAAACGACCAGAGCGAGUCUGAUGGUCUUGACUCACAGAGAAAUGCGCUAUCAUCGAAGCCUGGACCACAAGGGGUUUCAACCAUUCUGAAAAAUCAUCAAGGACAGCCUCCAUGGAAUCUUGAGGGAAGGGCGUUGUCUGCCUUAAAUAGAUUCGGUGAAAAUGCCCGUACAGUUUCUGAGCCCACAUGGUUACGCAGGGUUCAGCACCACCAGGCAGUCAUGGAGCCUUCAACGCCAGUGGCUGAGACGCCUAGUCUCUCUUCUUUCUUGUCUGAGAAGGGUAUGCCCGGGGGCUUAUUUCUGACGGGUGAGGUGAUGUUUAUCUUAAGACCGCUCAUAUAUGUAGUGCUUAUUAGAAAAUAUGGGGUGCGAUCAUGGUUUCCCUGGCUUACUUCUUUGGGCGUGGACCUCGUUGGAAGUGGAAUUAUUUCAUUAGUCACAACAUUGUGGCACAACAGCAAUGAUUUUCGCUUCUCCAACAAUGAGAAGAAUGAGUUAAAAAGGCGGAAAUUGCUGUGGGCGCUAUACCUCAUGAGAGAUCCAUUUUUCACCAAGCAUACUCGGCAAAGACUUGAUGGCGCUCAAAAGCUAUUAGAACCCGUCCCCAUUGUCGGGCUUCUAACUGAGAAACUUAUUGAACUCCUCGUUGGAGCCCAGACGCGGUACACCUACAUGUCUGGUUCAUGACAGAAAUCCUCGACGAGCUCUUCCUGUGUCUUCUUCAAUGGUGAAGUUUCUGCAGGGUAAUACUUGAAAUCAUGUUGUAACACCAAGCAUCUCAUAAUAAAUUAGAAAAACAUAGUCAUCUCAUGUAUGUUAGAUAUGUGAUAGUAGUAGUUACAUCCAUUUUCUCUGUUUUUUUUUUUUUUUUUUGUCACCAAACUCUGAAAUGCAUUUGUAGCUUAUGCUUCCAUAUCUAUAAAUAGCUAUUUGUGUUCUCUC